AUGGAUGAUCAUUUUGUGAAGUCAAUAUGGCCGUUUGAAGAGGUGGAGUUUAUGGUGGUGGAUUCAGUAGGUAGCGCUGGAGGUCUUUUGUGUAUAUGGAGGCCGCAAAUCUUUGAACUCAAGAGCUGCUGCAGUGGCAGAAACUUCAUCAUAUUAUCAGGUAUCUCAAGUACCUUCUUUCUGUGUACUCUUGUGAAUAUAUAUGCUCCUAAUGAGGUUCGUGGGAGAAGGCAGCUAUGGGAAUCUUUAGUGAGUAUCCAUCAUCAUUUCCCAAACCCAUGGUGUGUGGGAGGAGAUUUCAAUGAGAUUAGAUACAUGGGAGAGAGGAAGGGUUGUUCUUCUAGAGAUAGGGGGAUGAAGGAUUUCAAUGAAUUUGUGGAAAACAUGGAAUUAACUGAUUUGCCUUUGCUAGGCAGGCAGUAUACGUGGUGCAAUGCCCUAGAUGGGUAUAGAUGGAGUAGGAUAGAUAGAUUUUUGCUGGAUGUGAAGUGGUUGGAAAAAUUUUCAUUCAAGCAAUGGGGCCUUCCAAGGAAUCACUUAAGGGUAUGGAACAAGGAUGUGUUUGGAAAUAUUGAUAUUCAGCUUAAGAAGGCAGAGGAGGAGCUCCAUGAGUGGGAUUUGAAGGCGGAGUCUAGCCCCCUCCAGGAAGCGGAUUCGAAGAGAAAAAGAGAAGUUAUGAGCCAGGUGUGGCAGCUUAGCAGAAGAAAGGAAAGAUUAUGGCACCAGAAAUCUAGGCAGAUGUGGGCUCUUUCUAGAGAUAAAAAUACUAGGUUCUUUCACAUUAUGGCUAGCAGAAGGCAGAGGAAGAAUCUGAUUGAUUCUGUUGUAGUAGAGGGUAGGCGCGUCGAGAAUCCGGAGCAAGUGAAGCUUGAAGUAGUAAGGUACUUCAGUCAGUUGUUCUCGGAGAAUUGGAAAGUAAGGCCAAUAAUUAAGGGCCCUUUUGCUGUUAUAAACCCAGCGGAUGCUGUUACUUUGGAAGCUGAAUUGGAAAAUGGUUUCUCUGAAGAGGAGGUUUGGGAAGCAGUGCAGGACUGUGAUGGGAACAAAGCACCAGGCCCAGAUGGUUUCAACCUUAAUUGUAUCCAGAGGUGUUGGCCUAUAUUGAAAUGA